UCUCCGUCGAUUCCUUCGUCCUGCACACACCGAAAACUCGAAAUCUUCUUAUUCUCCUUUUUUUGUUUUUUCGUUUCAACCUUUUCCAUUCGUAAUCAUCCGAUCUCUUGCGUUCGCGAAGCAUUCUCGUAGAGGGUCGACAGCCAUGUCGGUUAGGACAGCGAAGGUCAGCAAUGUUUCACUCAGUGCAUCUGAGCAAGAUAUCAGAGAAUUCUUUUCAUUUUCUGGUGAAAUUGACUACAUUGAAAUGCAAAGUGGAGACGAGAGAUCGCAAGUUGCAUAUGUGACAUUUAACAAGUCGGACGGUGCAGAGACAGCUCUUCUCCUCUCAGGUGCUACAAUAGUUGACAUGACCGUCACAAUCAUACUUGCUGCCGACUACGUACCACCAGCGGUUGCUCCCAUUCCUUCGAUGUCAAAAGACAGUCCAGCUAGUGGCUCUGAAUCAACUAUUCAGAAGGCGGAGAAUGCCAUCAGCACCGUGCUCGCCAAGGGUUUAAUGCUCGGGAAGGAUGUUUUAGACAGAGCCAAGACAUUCGAUGAGAAGCACCAGCUAACAUCUGUUGCAAAGACCAGCGUCUCCAGUUUUGAUCAAAAAACUCGGCUUAGUGAAACAAUAAGCACAGGAGCAUCUGCUGCCAACCAGAAGAUCUUGGAAAUGGACCACAGGUAUCAGGUUUCUGAGAAAGCAAGAUCAGCCAUUGCUGCUGCAGAGCAGACACUUAGCAAUGCUGGAUCAGCCGCCAUGGAAAACAAGUAUGUUUUUGCCGGGGUGUCGUGGAUGGUAGGCGCAAUCAACAAGGUAGCUAAGACUGCAAGUGAAGUUGGAACAAAAGCAGUGGAGAAAGCUGCAGUCAAGGAACAACAAAGGACGCCCUCUGAAGAUGAUGAGGCUGAAGGCCUCUUGUCGGUCACUCCUCUAGCUUCAUCUUCUGAUCAUCCUAAGAAGCCUGAGCCUGUUCAAGGCUUGAUUCUUUGAACUGGUUUCGCUACUCCUGUAUAUAAAUAUAGGGAACUCAGUACUCAUGUAGCUACAAUACGUGAUGAACUUUAUCCUAUUCUGUUGCUAUGGUUUGUAGGAAUAA